AUGGCUCAGAAAUUUCGUGCUUUACUAGAUCUUUGUCGACGUAGAGGAUUCUUGUAUCAAUCAGCCGAGAUCUAUGGUGGUUUAAGAGGGGCAUAUGAUUAUGGACCAUUAGGUGUCGAACUCAAAAAGAAUAUUCUUAACUCAUGGUGGCGACGACACGUUUAUUGUAGAGACGAUAUUGUGGGCAUAGACACGAGUAUUAUUACACCUCACCCAGUACUUAAAGCCUCUGGUCAUGUUGAUGAAUUCACAGAUCUACUUGUCGACUGUACCUUAACAAAAGAGCGCUUUAGACCAGACAAGGCUCCAGAACUGACCUUGGAUAAGAAUGGCAAUAUACCACUGACUGCAUCAAGUAAGGAGAUAGCUCAGAUUUGGCAAAAGACAAUUGAAGAACAGCUUGCUCCUGGUAUAAAAACAUCUUUACAAGGAAAGACAGUGAUACUGCAUGAUGAAUCGAGAUUACCCACUACAAUUCGUUAUGAUGGAUAUGUUGAACCAAAUACAAAUUCGCCCUUUCUAACUGCCAGUAGACCUUUCAAUCUGAUGUUUAAAACCUUUCUUGAUCCCAUUGAUCCCAUCGAUCUAUAUCUUCGACCAGAAACUGCUCAGGGUGUCUUUGUUAACUUUGAGCAGGUUGUCCGUACGAUGAAGACGAAACCACCAUUUGGUAUUGCACAGGUUGGAAAAUCAUUUAGAAAUGAAAUUCGUUUGGAACAUGGUAUCUUUAGAACACCAGAGUUUGAGCAACUAGAACUCGAAUACUUUGUAGCGCCUUGGGAAUCAAGACACUACUUUAAAUACUGGAGACAAAAGAGAUUUGAAUGGUGGCUAGAGCAUGCUUGUCACCCUGAGCACUUUAGACAACGAGAUCACGAGAAAAACGAGAUGGCACAUUAUGCUACUGGAUGUACCGAUGUAGAGUACUUGUUCCCUUGGGGCUGGGGCGAAGUAGAAGGUGUUGCACACAGAGGUGAUUAUGAUCUUAAACAGCACAUAAAGAAUUCUGGUGCUAAAUUCGAAAUUGAUGAUGAGAACCCAACCAUUUCUGACGCUGUUAAAGAGAGUGGCGAGUAUGACGGAUCAUUAGUGCCUUCAGGCUCAACACGAUAUAUACCUCAUGUUGUCGAAAGCUCGUGUGGGCUUAAUCGUGCCAUGCUGGCUUAUUUAUGCGACGCUUUCCAUCAAAUUGAGGAUGAAAAUGGUAAGCUACCAGCUAGAAGCGUACUCAAACUACAUCCUCAACUUGCACCUAUCAAGUGUGCUGUCAUGCCUCUGACAGGAAAACCAGAAUUCAUGCCUCUAACACAAAAGAUUGCCAAAUCUUUGCGUGUCCAUGGAUGGUACACUGUUGUUGAGUCACAGAAACUAAAGAUUGGAAAACGAUAUUAUCGACAUGACGAGAUUGGUACUCCAUGGUGUAUCACGGUUGAUUAUCAAAGCUUGGAAGAUGACACUGUUACUAUAAGAGAAAGAGAUACUGGUGAACAACAAAGAAUGCAUUGGAAGGAAGUACGGCACUACGUUGGUUCACAGCUUGUAAAUGAUGACCUUGAUUAA